GGCGUCCAUUUCACUGCUUUGUUUUCGCUUUGUCGUUGGUGAGGUUUCCCAGGAUGGCCGCGCGAUUUCUGUUGCACGCCGGAGCGAAGCUAACGUUGGCUUCGACAGCUCUUGGCGGCGGAGUUGCGUCAGCGGCGAUCUUGACCUCCGACGACCCUGCGACGACCUUGAAGCUUUGCACUGCUGUUCCGAUUCGUCUCUUCCGCAAUUCCUAUACUGCCGCUAUCAUCGCCUUCGAUUAUGAAUACUCAUUGCUGGGACUUCCCGAAGGAAGUGUUGAGAGGACAAAAGUUAAACACGAAGUUCACGCUAGGUGUGCAUGUAGGCUUCAGGAACUGUGUUUCAAGAAUGGAGGAAUCUAUAUCAAGCUUGGUCAACACCUUGGUCAGCUGGAGUAUAUAGUCCCUGAAGAAUAUGUCCAAACAAUGAGAACUUCAAUGUUGAAUAGAUGUCCAGUAUCUUCAUAUGAUCAAGUGUGCAAUGUCUUCAGGAAAGAGCUAGGAGGAAUGCCAGAUGAAAUUUUUGCAGAAUUUGAUCCUGUGCCUCUAGCGAGUGCAUCCCUUGCACAAGUUCAUUCUGCUCGCACUCAUGAUGGAAAGAAAGUUGCUGUUAAGGUGCAGCACACUCACAUGACUGAUACAGUAGCUGCAGAUCAGGCCACUGUGGAUCUGAUAGUGAAGACCCUCCAUAGGGUUUUUCCUUCAUUUGAUUAUAGGUGGUUGGUUGAUGAAAUACGUGAAACUUUACCAAAGGAAUUAGAUUUCUUGGUAGAAGCCAAGAACAGCGAGAAAUGUUUGGAUAACUUUAGGAAGUUAUCUCCUCAUCUUGCAGACUAUGUGCAUGCCCCAACGGUUUAUUGGAAUUUGAGUACCUCAAAGCUUUUGACUAUGGAAUUUAUAGAUGGUGCACAAAUAAGCGACGUGAAGGCAAUUCAAAGACUUGGAAUUCAACCAAAUGAAGUUGCAAAAUUAGUUAGCCAAGCUUUUGCAGAUAUGAUGUUCAGACAUGGAUUUGUGCAUUGUGAUCCACAUGCUGCCAACAUGCUGGUUCGUCCUUUACCAUCUAGCACGAAGAGUAUUUUAGGCAAGAGAAAACCUCAGUUGGUGCUGCUUGACCAUGGCCUAUACAAGGACCUUGAUUUUUCUACUAGAAGUAACUAUGCUGCCCUUUGGAAGGCACUAGUUUUUGCUGAUGCUAAUGCAAUAAAGGAGAAUAGUGUGAAACUGGGUGCUGGAGAGGAUCUGUAUAUACUUUUUGCAGGGAUUCUAACAAUGAGGCCAUGGAAUAGGGUCAUUGACCCAGCUGCUGAUCAUUUGGUUCUACAAGGGAAUGAUAGUGACCGUUCAGAACUUCAGAUGUAUGCAUCUCAGUAUUUCCCUCAGAUUUCAGAGCUUCUAAGGAGACUUCCUCGUGUGAUUCUGUUAAUGCUGAAGACCAAUGACUGCUUAAGAUCAGUCAACCAUGCUCUGUUACAGGGAUCUUCUGUGGAUACGUUCUUGAUCAUUGGAAGAGUUUCAUCGGAGGCAGUCAUUGAGAUGAAGAUGUCACAAAAUAAGUCCUUCUUGUCAGUGCUAAGCAUUUGGCUGGAAGAGCUGUUGCUGGAAGCUCGACUCUUCACUAUGCACAUGGCCAUGUGGCUUUUCCGGGUCAGGAAAGCCUUGUCUGGGUGAAACUCAGAACAAGCUGGCCUCUUCAUAUACCCUUUUUUGUUUUAUUGUUGCCUCGGUCUUCAUAUUCUUUGGCUUUGCAGUUUUAGAAUCUGCAUCUGCAUGCCAGUUCUGUGAUCUAGGAUUGAUAUCUGGAUGAAAUUCCUUUAUACGUACAUUGACAUGCAUUGGAAAAUGUAUAAUAACAAAGCCAUUUCUUCUAGGAACAGAAAAUUCAUGUGAUUUAUUUAUUUUUAUUUUUUGGUUGAACCAGAAAUUCAUUUUACUGUCUCCUAGGAAUAUGUCUACAUGUAAAGCUCCAUUUGAUGGAGCAUAAUAUAGAAUUUCAGUGCAAAUUAUUUGUAAAGAUUAUCAAAUAUUCAGUCUUGACUCA